AUGCGGAAUGUUCCCUGCCCUUAUGCAAAUCUCUUCCUUCUCUUGACCUGCAUAGUGUUUGUCUUUGGGAAGACCCUCAACAUCAUGCUAGGGCUGGGCACGCUCCUGACCGGUCCUGUGUUGGUGUUUGAAGGGGCUGCAGAGGUGAGGCUGAAGGAUGGUGGCGGGCCCUGUGCUGGGAGAGUGGAGGUGAAACACCAGGGCCAGUGGGGGACCGUGUGUAGUGACUCCUGGGACAUGGAAGAUGAUGCAGUGGUUUGUAAGCAGCUGGGCUGUGGCUUUGCUCUUGAAGCUCCUCGGUACGGAUACUUUGGGCCAGGAUCUGGCCCCAUUUGGAUGGCUUAUGUUGUCUGUCAUGGCACCGAGUCUGCCCUGUCUGACUGCAGACACCGGGGAUGGGGUAUAGACUACUGUGAUCACAGACAUGAUGCUGGAGUGAAGUGUUCAGGAUUUGUCCAGCUGGUCGGAGGGGACAGCCCUUGCUCAGGACGCGUGGAGAUCCAUGACGGGGACCAGCGGAAAACUGUCUGUGACUCAGACUUGGGUCCCAAAGCUGCCAACAUCAUCUGCAGGGAGUUGCAGUGUGGCACAGCCCUGUCCAUCCAUGGGGCAGCUCCCUUUGGAGAAGGGGUUGGUCCCAUCUGGGACAGAGAGCUGCAGUGUGCAGGGAAUGAAUCCUUCCUCAUGUUCUGCCCUAGGGGAUCCCCAAGGGACCAGCCUUGCACCCAUGCAAACACUGUCGGUGUCACCUGCACACGGUUCAGGCUGGUGAAUGGCAGCACAGCAUGUGAGGGGAGGGUGGAGGUCGAGGUGCUGGGGACUUGGGGCACCCUCUGUGCCCCCCGCUGGGAUCUCUCGGAUGCCCACGUUCUCUGUCGUCACCUCAACUGUGGCUUUGCUGAGUCCAUUCCCAGAGGAGGGCAUUUUGGGAGAGGAACUGGACCUGUCUGGAAAGACUCAUUCCACUGUGAGGGGACUGAAGCCCACCUGCGACAGUGCCCCAUGACAGCCCUGGGGGCCUCACCAUGCUCCCAUGAGAAUGACGCUGGUGUCAUUUGCUCAGAGUUUGUGGCCCUGAGGCUGGAGAACAGCACCGACUGCUCUGGACGCCUCCAGGUUUUCUACAACGGCACAUGGGGGAGCGUUUGCUCCAACUCCAUGACUCUCAAAACGGUGUCUCUGGCAUGCAAGGAGCUGGGCUAUGGGGAUGGAGGGUUCCUGGAAACACGCCGGGCCUCUGGUAGCAUGUCUGGCAUCGCCUGGCUGGAUCGCGUGGAGUGUGGGGAGAGAAACAGCUCCUUCUGGCAGUGUCCUUCCGCUCCCUGGGACCCGCAGUCCUGUGAUGACCUGCGAGACGAGACCCACAUCACCUGCACAGAGCCGUCUCUCCAGCACUGCUGGGCUCGGCCUGGGGACAGCGGGGCCUGCCGCCACAAGGAGGACGCUGCCGUGAACUGCUCAGCUGCACCCAAGACGGCAGCACCAACCCCCCGAGCAGAUCCCACGCGGGGACGUCCGACUGGCAGUGGGAGACUCUCAUUGCCCAUCAUCAUGUGCAUCAUCCUGGGGGCCCUUCUCUGCCUUCUUCUGGCCCUCCUGGCCGGGCAACUGCGAAGCGCCAGGGCUGGGCGCAGAGGCUCUGGGAGAGUUUGGGAGCCCUUCUCUGAGGCCAUCUAUGAGGAGAUCAGGUACAGCCCAGCAUGGGAGGAGCAGGCGAGGUUCAGUGGCUCAGAUGUCCCUGUCCUGCCUGAGGGUGACCCAGCCGAUGGCUAUGAUGAUGCCAGGGAGGUUUCUGAGCCAGAGGAGGAUCCUUCCCCUGGGCAGGGAGACUGGGAAAUGCCCAGGGCACCCGAGGAGGCAGCAGGAGCCAGGGAUGCCCCUGGAGGUGAGACGGAAAGAUGGUGCUGCUGGAUUAUGAGGUGCCAUCCCUGA